CUCGCGUCCGCCGCUCGCCGCGGCCGUGCUGCGCGCUACCGUGCCCACAAACCGGCCCGAAUGCCGGGAAACCAGUCGGAGGUAUGGCGGGGCCCGUGAGAGCCGCGCCAUGUUAAAGCACGCGCAGCGGCCGCCGGCGGCGAACGAUGCCGACCACCGCUACCAGAACAUGCCGCGGCGGCCGCACCACCACCUGCCUCUGAAUGUCUCCACCCUGGACUCCUCCAAACAUUCCGUCGGAGGGACUUCAGCGAGCGUCAGCCCCGGCGCGCAGUCACCACCGGUCAACAACGCGCCGCCGGUGAUAGCUCCCGUGCCCAUCAUAUCGCCUCCUAAACUUGCCAAUGGGAACGCAUCUGGACUGCCGACUCCGCGGACACUCGUUCCCAGGCCGAAGAGUGUGCGGGCGGCCACGGAGGAAGCCCUCACUUCGCUGGCCCUACUUUGCCUCGUCAGUCUACUGCUGGCGCUGCUGGCGUUGCUGUUCUUGCUGAAGAUCUCAGCACCGACGACCGGCGCCUCGGAUGAGUUCGCUGUAGUGUAUGAAGUGACGUUAGCAUUGUGUGCGUUGACACUAUCACUGAAUCUAUGCUGUCUCCUGGUGUGUGCAAUACAGUUCCUCUUCGCCGUCAAGUUGGUACACUCACCAUCGGCGCCGAACGGACGAUCAAACAAAUAUCUGCAAAAGUCAGCCAUAACGCGAGUGUGUGCCGUCGGAGGCUUCUUUAUCUCAAUACCAGUGUUUUUAACAGGAAUAAUCCUGUACACAUUUAUCCAAUUCCACUCGACGCCUGCGAUUGUGACGUCAGUCUUCAUCGGCGUGGGGAUCAUCUUCUGCGGCUGCGCUAUGGUGCACAACGUCUUCGUAUGGCAGAAGGAGAAAACCAACUUAGUCAAAGCAUUUAGACAGCAGGAGCUGACCUCCAACGCGACUCAGAAUUUGAACACUUCGAACGGUGUGCUGUUGGGGAAUGGACAUUUGAACAACACAGGGAUGGGGAACUUGAGUUUCCACAGUAUGUCAGGAGUGCCGGCGCCGUAUACGCAUCCCAUUACGCUUCUGCAGCAAGGGGGACCCUACAUUAUUAGGCCUCCAACGAGCACGCCACCAGGCGAGGGCGCCGCCACUCCCGGCGUGCCGCCAGCCACCAUCGACCUCAGUCACGACACCCACGAGCUCAGCACGCUAGUUUGACCUGUGACGUGGCGUGACAGUGACUACACGACACGCGGGUUCGAUUCCCGUUCGAAAAUAUUCCGAUUUACAAGUUCAGGAACGAAUUAGAAUUUUUCGACCAUUGACCAGGUUUCGGGCAAAAUCCGUCGAAAAGAAACUGUCUAUGAAAGUUGGCAUUAUAUAAUUCCGAAAGAGGAUAUAAUAGGAAUAAUUAAAUGGAUGAAUUUUUGAAAGUACCUUCAUGAGUAAUUUCGGUAGGGUAUUUUCUUUCUUCAUUGUAAGUAAAGCGACAGUAAUUGUGUUGUAGGAUAACUUUGAUACGCUAUGAGCCGAAUAUUUACAGCUAACACUUUAGAAAAAAGAAACGGAAAUUACGGCGGAUAGAUAUGUAAGUACUUUCAAAAUUUCACCUAGUUGUAAUCAGAUCUAUUUUUGACGAUAUAAAGUCAAAAAAUAAAGGCGGAAAGUAAUUGGCAACUGACCUUUCCACUCACAGUAACAGCACAGUCACAGAGCGGGACAGACGUACAUCUUAUUCAUUACGCUGUCUCGAAGCGAGUAGCUUGUAAUUUCUGAAUUAGUGCUCAAAUAAAUUUUCACACUGCCAUGAAAUCUCUGACUUGCCUUAAGCCAAUACUAUACCAAAUCUGCCAUCCGUGGUAACUUAACAAGUUCGCAUAAAAAAAAGUUGUGUCGUAAACUACACUAGAGCUAUCUUUGAUCCCUUUUUUGUUGCUGGUUAUGGGCAAAGUUGACUCCGUACCAUAACAGGGACAGGAAUUUCGAUUUAUGCUACUGCAAAAGUAUAAAAGUACGAAGUACGCUAAUUCGAAAAUACUCAACACUGUAUCUUCGAACUAGCGUACUAACAUAAAUCGAAAUUCAGAGAGGUUAAAAAAGCCACAUUGCAGCAAUUCAUCUAAAAAUCAAUUGACAAUUUGACAUUUGCGCAUAUAAAUGAAAGGGCAAUACCAACAAAUGUCAAAUAGCAAUAUUGCUUUUCAGAUAAAUUGCUUCGACUCGGCAAAGUAACCGCGUAUGGCAAAGUUGGUGUAUUUACCGUAUCUAUUGAGCGUUUAGAUAGGUACCUACGAAUAUAUAGUAUGUAGGUAUGUCCGAUAGUUCUUAUACGUUUACUGCGUCUUAUAAAAAGAACAUUUAUUUUAUGAACCCAAUCUGAAAGUUGUUAAGUUUUACAUUGUUUUAGGCGAGCUAAGCAUGUAAUAAUUAGUGAAUCUACCUAAUAACGAAUUCUUUUUCCUCCUAGUCAAUAAACUGUAGAGGUCUGAUGCGAUUGAUUGGUUGUUGCCCAUUUAAUGCCAUAGUUAUUGAACUAUUCAGUUUUGAUUUCUGCUAAGAUACCUUAAUUUAAAGCAUAAAAUAUUAAAUGAGCUUUAUUGGGUGUGUAUAUUGACUAUUUAUUGUAUUUACACAUUUAAGGUUUAUGCUGAAAUCUAGACAUCAUUGUGUUAUGGCCGUGUUUUUGGACCAUCGGAUGUACAACUGAGUAUUUUAUACAGUGAUGUUCUCACUUUGAGAACUUUCCCGGCAGUAAAAAGAGUUUUGUUACUUAGCCUUUAGGCAUAUAAAAUCAGAGUACAAGAUAUAAGAAUUUGAAAAUGAAAAUCAGCCAGUGUCCUUACUACUAAAGAGUUUUUACAAUGAGAACAUUCCUACUUUGGGAGCAUUCCCGAAAACGGCCCAUUACUAACUUUAUAUGCAUUGUAGCAUCCGUGUUGAGUGCACACUCGCGCCACCGCACGUUGGUUUUAUGACACCUUAAGACCUUGUUCAGAAAGCGCGAUUUACUCGCGUUUUCAUACCACAGAGUAAUUUGAUUACUUUUUAGAUUCCUGCAUGCUUGGAGAUGUGCGUCUGUAUCCGUACGAUGUCAAGUACUCUGUGGUAUGACAACGCGCGUUAAACGCCUCAUCUGGACAGGCUCAUAGGGCUAACAUGCGCAACGAGACAAAAUUAACACGGUAAUUUUAUCGAUUCUGACGAUAUAAUUAUGUCGUUUUGUCGAUUGGUGUUAAUAUGUCAACCCAAAUAAGAAUGAUUCUGUCUAAAUAUAAACAAAAUCACGUGCCACGCAUGUUAGGGAAAAAACAAAGUUAUCGAUUUCGACAAAAUUGAAUCGAUCGAUAAUUUUAUCACGUUGCGCUUGUUAGGCUGGUAGUCGGUGUUAAAUAGACAAACCGAUUACAAAAACAUUGUUAAAGUGACUAUCACAGUAUGGAAUACAAAAACCUAUUCUUGUCAAUUAAUUUGGUCAAAGUUACGCGGAUAGGUAUUGCAUUAUUCCUAUCUUUACAUACAAAGAUAUAUGACAGCUGUUAACGUAUGAAAAAAUGUUAUUAUAAAUUUAAGACCUCGACUUAAUAAUACGCCUUAUUACAAAGGAUUUUAUUUGUAUAUUAUGCACGUUGUAAAUAUCAUUUCUUAGAGUUCAAAAUGCCAGAUUAGAGUGUGCUUUGCCAUGUUAUAAUAUAUUAUUUAAGAAUUUAUAAUUUAUGUUUUUAAAUGAAUCGAUUCUGAAAUAUCAAGUCAUAUGAUAUACUCAUCGUUUACAUAUAUGAAAUAAUUUGAUUAAAAAUAUAUUUUUAUAAGCUGUAUCUACGACAAACCUAGUUUAUGCAUAACUGUGGGAAUACAUAGCUAUGUAGAAGUUUCAAAUAUAUUCAUAUGUGUAGUGUGUUGUAUGUGUUUUUCAUAUAACGUUCAUUUUCUACACUAAAGUCAUUACAACAUGUAAUUAACUUACAUUUUUCCAUCAAAACUUUGAGCCCACCAAUCCAACAUUUAAAUACAUAAUGAGCUACUUACUUAUUUUUUUAAAGUUAUACUUGUCAUUGUCUUAUCCACCGCAAAGCAAAGGGACGGAUUAUAUUGAGAGCUGUGAAUAUUAAAAUGAAUGAAUAACCCGGGCGAAUCAAACAGGCAUCUCGCUGGUAUGCAGUCCGCUUGAUGUGUGCUGUCGACUUAAUUCUGUGGGGUUAUUAGUCAAUGUAAAAUUUCGAGAGCUUUGUUUAAAAUUUUGCCUAAAAUUUACUUGUGUUCCAUAAGUUUUAUGCCUUUCGAUUACCCGUCUCUUUCCUUUUCGGCGGAUAAGAAAAUGACAGGUAUAACUUAAAAUAAAAUUAGAUAGUGUGUAUUGGAAUCAGCACUAGUAGUGUUUUAAAUAAUAAUCACUCGAUAAAAUUAUCAAAAUGUAUAUUUUGUACAUAGUUUUUACACAGAAUCGGGAGGCAUAAUUUAAUUUAUUUUUAAAAAUAACAGCAUUUCUAUUUUUAUUUGUAGUAUGUGUGGAGUAUGAAUAAAUGUUAUUUAAGAUGACAA